CUUAAAACUGUCGGGGUGGGAAGGCGAUUUGUAAUGCAAGCAGCCUAGCAUCUUAAGCUUCCGCUCCCUAGUGUCCUCUGGAUGAUGAGAUGGUUUCCUAUCUAGGAACGUUGGAUACGGAUCCUCUCCGCGCCUCUAUCUAUCUAACAGCCAGCUAACAAUCAAUUGAGAAAAUUACCUACUGAGGCUGCUCAAAACAUUCCAUGCCUUCACAGGCAAAAACUCCCUGGGGAACCAACCGUCCAAUUGCGAGAGGCUCGCCAGAGCGACGACUCUCCGCGCAUGUGCGCCCUCAGUUGAAACGCUUUAGCAAGUCCCGGCUUCCGGCCGGCGGCGCAUGCGCAGUUCUGGUUACUGUGCGCUCGGAGCUACUCUGUGGGUCAGCACGGUACUCAAGGGCCUCUGGGAAGAUGGCGGGGGCGGGCAUGGCUACCCUGGGCUCUUGGGUACCUCGUCGGAGGUGGGGCAGAGAGGCCGUCUUCUUAGGCUUCUACCGUGGCCUCAGCGCGUUACUUGCAAGGAAGUCGGAGCGGACGCCACGGUGGGUCCCAGCUUGCAGACCAAAGUCAUCGGUCUCUUUCCUUAGUCGACCAGACCUUCCAAACCUGGCUUAUAAGAAGCUAAAAGGCAAAAGUCCGGGAAUUAUCUUCAUCCCUGGCUAUAUUUCUAAUAUGAAUGGUACAAAAGCAUUGGCGAUUGAAGAGUUUUGCAAAUCUCUAGGUCACGCCUAUAUAAGGUUUGAUUACUCAGGAGUUGGAAAUUCGGAUGGUAACUUACAAGAAUGCACAGUGGGAAAAUGGAGAAAAGAUGUUCUUUCUAUAAUUGAUGACUUAGCUGAAGGACCACAGAUACUUGUUGGAUCUAGCCUCGGUGGAUGGCUUAUGCUUCAUGCUGCAAUCGCAAGGCCACAAAAGGUCGUUGCUCUUAUUGGUAUAGCCACAGCUGUAGAUGGCCUAGUGAUACAGUUUAAUCAGCUCCCUGUUGAGGUAAAAAAGGAAAUAGAGGUGAAAGGUGUGUGGAGCAUGCCAUCAAAAUACAGUGAAAAAGGAGUUUAUGACAUUCAGUACAGUUUCAUUAAAGAAGCUGAACACCACUGCUUGUUACAUAGCCCUAUUCCUGUGAACUGCCCUAUAAGAUUGCUCCACGGCAUGAAAGAUGACAUCGUACCUUGGCAUACAUCCAUACAGGUUGCCGACCGAGUAGUCAGCAAAGAUGUUGAUGUCAUCCUCCGAAAAAACAGUGAUCACAGAAUGAAGGAAAAAUCGGACAUUCAACUUCUUGUUUACACUAUUGAUGACUUAAUUGAUAAGCUUUCAACUGUAGUUAACUAGAAUCACAUUUUUAGUUGGUAUGAACUAACGGAUCCAGAAAAUUGGAAGAAGGAUGUAAGACCCUGAUACUUGGGUUUUUUCCUCUUACGUCUCUGUUUUGUAAAUAUCACAUGAGUAUUUAUUUAACGCUGUAUGAUAUAAGUGAUACAAAUUGUGACGAAAGUAUAAGCUGCUGUCUGGAAAAUUUUCUUCCUUCCAUCCUUGAUUUCUUUUAAUUGAAGUAGAGUUGACACAGUGUUAUAAUAGUUUCAGGGAUACAACAUAGUGGUUGGACAGCUCUAUAUGUUAUGCUAUGCUCACCACAGAUGUAGCUGCCACCUGUCACCAUGCAGCACUGUUAGAGUGCCACCGACUGUUCCCUCUGCUGUGCCUUUCAUCCCGUGACCCACUCAUUCUGUACCUGGAAACCUGUGUCUCCCAGUCCCCUUCACCUAUUUUUGCCCAUCCCCCCCACCCUCUCCCUUCUGACAACCACCAGUUCUCUGCAUUUAUGGGUCUGUUUCUGCUUUGUUUGUUGUUUGUUUUGCUUUUUAGGUUCCACAUGUAAGUGAAGUAAUACUGUGUUGUCUUUCUCUUGUCUGACUUCACGUAACCUAGUACCCUCUAGGUCUGUCCAUGUUGCGUGUUGAUUUUUUUUUAUUACUAAAAGAUUUCCUACUUUUUUAUUCGAGGUAAUUUGUUUGCUAAAUGCUUAUGUUAACCAGGACAGCUCUUAAUUGUGUUCUCUUCUACUUAGAAUUGUUAAUAAAGCUUGAAUUUUUUUGUCCUUUGUCGUCGAUCAUAUAUGGAAAUUUGUAAAAUUGCUUCUGAUUUUAAAAUGCUAUUCACAAAAUACAGGACAAUGUUUAUUGAAGUAAAUCUGAAAUGAUUGGAAAAAAUUAGGUGUGAUAAAGUUCAAAACGUCAGAAUAUGACUAUUAAAUUCUACAUGUUAUAUUUGA